AGUUAUAGCCGGCCUCUAUAGUAUCUACCUUUUCAUUCACACUAUACCUUAAAAUCAAAUCAAAUCUUCACCAAACCCCUUCACCAAUUCCUUUCAUUAAUUUUCUCUUCUUCUUCAUUUCUUUUCCAGCAACAAAAAUCUUCCUUAAACCAUAAACCAUCAUAAACCAAAAGUGUUGUGAAACAUCAAUAGCAACAAAACCAAAAGUGUUACUAAACAUAAUUUUUUUUCAAUACAAACCCUAAACCAAAAACAUGGAUAGACUCAUAAAGUUAGAUCCAUCAAACAUAGUACUAAUAAGAGUUGAAGAAGGACAAAAAUGUCUUGGAAAAAUAACCUUAAACAAUGUCAUGUACACUAUGCCAGUUGCAUUUAGGAUUCAACCACUUAUCAAAACAAGAUACACAAUUAAACCUCAAUCAGGAAUCAUUUCACCAUUAGCAUCACUAGUUAUAGAGAUAACAUAUCAUCCUCCACAACAACAAGGUUCAAAUAAUCUCCCUCACUCUUUUCCAUUUUCAGAUGAUUCAUUUCUUCUCCAUAGUGUUCUUGCUCCAGGUGCAGCUAUCAAAGAACCUUCAUCCAUGUUUGAUUCUGUUCCAAGUGAUUGGUUCACUACCAAGAAGAAACAAGUUUUCAUUGAUAGUGCAAUCAAAGUCAUGUUUGUUGGUUCACAAAUUUUGACUCAACUUGUUGAAGAUGGUAACUCAAUGGAUGACAUAAGAGAAGUGCUUGAAAAAAGUGAUCCUUUAUGGGAAUCAGUUAACUCAAAAGACUCACAAGGUCAAACUUUGCUUCAUUUGGCUAUUUCGAAAACAAGACCUGAUCUUGUUCAAUUGAUCCUUGAAUUCAAGCCUGAUAUUGAAGCUAUAAAUAGUGUUGGGUCAACCCCUCUUGAGGCUGCAUCUUCCUCCGGCGAAUCGUUAAUUGUUGAGCUUCUUUUAGCUCAUAAGGCUAAUACAGAAGGAUCAGAAUCUUCGGUUUUCCGACCUAUUCAUCAUGCUUCGAGAGAAGGACACAUGGAGAUUCUAAGGCUUCUCUUACUCAAAGGUGCAAGAGUUGACUCAUUGACAAAAGAUGGUAACACUUCUUUGCAUUUAGCUGUUGAAGAAAAAAGAAGAGAUUGUGCUAGGCUUUUGUUAGCGAACGGGGCGAGAACCGAUGUUCGAAACAUGAGAGAAGGUGAUACACCUUUACACAUAGCAGCAGCCAAUGGAGAUGAGAACAUGGUGAAGCUUUUAUUGCAUAAAGGAGCUACAAAAUAUGUGAGAAACAAACUAGGGAAAACAGCGUUCGAUGUGGCGGCUGAAAAUGGACAUUCACGUCUGUUUGAUGCGCUUCGUUUAGGGGACAAUUUAUGUGCGGCUGCGCGGAAAGGGGAGGUGAGGACAAUCCAAAAGGUUUUGGAAAGUGGUGGGGUGAUCAAUGGAAGGGAUCAAAAUGGUUGGACAUCACUUCAUAGGGCUGCAUUCAAAGGAAGAAUGGAUGCUGUUAGGUUUCUUGUGGAGAAAGGUAUUGAUUUGGAUGCAAAAGAUGAAGAUGGUUAUACAGCUUUGCAUUGUGCUGCUGAAUCAGGACAUGCUGAUGUGACUGAGUUUUUGGUUAAGAAAGGUGCUGAUGUUGAAGCAAGGACUAAUAAAGGUGUUAGUGCUUUGCAAAUUGUUGAGUCAUUGAACUAUGUUGGGAUUACAAGGAUACUUGUUAAUGGUGGUGCCAGUAGGGAAGGUUUGGGUGAAAAACCACCAUCUGCACCUUCUAAGAUUCCUUUUGGGAGAAAAGUUGAAAGCGGAAGUGUGAUGACGAUGAAGAAGAAGAUGAGUAGUAGAACUCGUGCGCUAAGAGGUAGUUUCGAUCAUUCAAUGCCUUUGGCUGUUCUUUAGCAAUCGAGUUAGUUGGAGGGUUUAAAUUGCUGUUACAAUCGCGAUUAAGAUUAUGUCGUGAUCUUUGGUAUUACAGAGAAUUGCAGAUAAAUACGAUUUAUGUGGUUGUCUGAUGUCUUUGGCUAUACUCUAAAAAUAGAGUUAGCUGGAGGGUUUUAAAUUGCAGUCACGAUUACGAAUAUGUCGUGAUCUUUGGUCUUAUAGAUAAUUGCUGAUAAAUUCAGUUGUGCUUGAAGUUAUAUGAAAAUUCAAAACAUUGGAGUUGCAAGUGUGAUUUGGAAUAUUUGAAUGAGAAGAAAAAAUUGAGAUGGUUUUAUUUUGAAAUUUGGUUGUAAUUUUGAUAAUCUGUUAAUGGAAUUGUAGAUUUGAAUAAUGUGAAGAAUGGUAUUUGUAAUGCUUAUAAUUAUUGUUGUUA